CUCCCACUCCGGCCGCCUUGGUCGCAGUCGUGUCCAGAUACAAUAGAUCUGAUCGGGAUCCCGUCCCUUCCCUUCCCUUCCCUUCCCUUCCACGGCAAGCAUCCUCCUUCCCUCUCGGCCUCUCCUGCCUCCCCUCGCCCAAGCUUUUAUUUGUUGCUGCUGGUUGUUACCCUCCUCUUCGUCUCCCUCGCCUCGCCGCAGAUCUCUCUGAACCCUAACGACCAGACCAGGGAGGGCAGUCAGUUUCUCCAGACUCUCGGGAACCCAUGGCGCUGCAGUACGUGGAGGCGCAGCGGCAGGCGCGCCCAGACCUCGCCGACUGGUACGCCUCCCUCGCCGACCUCUACCAGCGCAAGCUCUGGCACCAGCUCACCCUCAAGCUCGACCAGUUCCUCCAGCUCCAGCCCGCACAGACUGGCGACACUCUCAUACAGCUGUACAGCAAUUUCAUCACUGAUUUCGAGACAAAGAUUAAUCUGCUGAAACUUGCUCAUUUUGCGGUGAUAGCUUCACGGCAAUAUCCUGACAAGGAUGCUGCAAUUGCUUUCUUAGAGGGAGUGAUCACAAAGUUGCAUGAGACAAGGGAACUGCGGAUUAAUGAACCGAUUCUUUAUGUGAAGAUGCAAAUUGCAGCAAUCAACCUUGAGAAGGGAAACCAAAAGGAGUGCAAGAAUUUGUUGGAGGAAGGAAAAACCACUCUGGAUAGUAUGACUGAUGUUGAUCCCACAGUUCAUGCUACCUUUUACUGGAUAUCAUCUCAGUACCACAAGGCUCGCCAAGAAUUUGCUGAGUUCUAUAAGAAUUCUCUUCUCUAUCUGGCCUACACUACUGUGGAAUCUCUCUCAGAGUCAUUUAAACUGGACUUGGCGUUUGAUCUUUCACUUGCAGCCUUGCUGGGUGAUAACAUUUACAACUUUGGCGAAUUGUUAGCUCACCCGAUUAUCAAUAGUCUUAUUGGAACCAAGGUGGAGUGGGUCUAUCAUAUGCUACAAGCGUUCAACACUGGCAACCUUGCUCUGUACCAAGAACUUUGCCAGGUACACAAUGCUGCUCUUAGCGCACAGCCAGCUUUGGUGCAGAAUGAACGGAAACUGCUUGAGAAGAUCAAUAUUCUGUGUCUGAUGGAGAUAAUCUUUAGCCGGCCAUCAGAAGAUAGAACUAUCCCAUUGAGUGUUAUUGCUGAGCGGACUAAGCUUUCUAUCAGUGAUGUGGAGUAUCUUCUUAUGAAGAGUCUCUCGGUUCAUCUUAUUGAGGGGAUAAUUGAUGAAGUGGACAGUACAGUUCAUGUGUCGUGGGUCCAGGCUAGAGUACUUGGAAUUCCACAGGUCAAAGCGUUGCGUGAGCGGCUGGACGCAUGGGUUGGAAAGGUGCAUACUACAUUGCUUUCAGUUGAGGCGGAGACCCCUGAUCUUGUUGCUGCAUAACUUUGUUGGUGGCUAUUCUACAAACCUUUUGCGAGAGGCCUGGUCAGCAAGGUUGCGUUGCAAAAUGAGAGAGGCCCUGGUUGGUGCUGCUUGUAGUCCUCUUCUGGAAUCUGGAUAAUGGAAACCUGUUGCCCUGGGCCACUGAUCAGGGCCUGUAAUUUUCAUUUUCUUAUCCUCUGGACAUGGAUUGUUAGGACUUCACACAGUAUCACGGAGACGACGCCAAUGGAUUAAAAAUUUCAUGCUGGCAGGGUGUUGCUGUAGUUUUCCCACUGAAUUUAAUUUGUAACUAACUCUGAUUGUUUGUUAGACAUGGAUGCAGGAAAAUCUUGCUGAUUCUCUGUA